UAUAUUAACAAAAAAAAAGAAAAGGUGGCCUGUUUUGUAGCUGUAGAAAUCCCAAGUCAGAGUGAUUCCUCUCCUUCUUUUCUUUUGAUGUAUCUAAAAGCCUGAAAAUUUAUAUAAUAAUUCACAUUUUGGAAAGUACUUUUGAUUUGAUUUGAUUUCUAUGGCCGAUGUAUUUGCGAGGGCCGUGGAGGAUGGGCUUAAACUCUCGAGGCGAUUAUACUACGGGAGGGACCGAGCGGUGUCUCCGCCGAGGGUGCCGACGUUUAUGGAGAAACCAGGGUCGGUGGAAAUGUACAUGCCGAAGGCGCCGAUGUUAUACGCCGUGAUUCCCGAUCCGAAGGUCGUAGAUAAUCCAGAUAUACCAAGCUACCAGCCGCACGUGCACGGCAGGUGCGAGCCUCCGGCAUUGAUUCCGCUACAAAUGAACGGCGUCGAGUUGGAUGUGGAUUGUCAUCUGGAUACUGCCUUUGUUCGCGUUUCUGGAUCCUGGAGAGUACAUUGUGUUAUGGGCAGUGAGAGCUGCGAUUGUCGCAUUGCUAUCCCUAUGGGCGAGGAGGGUUCGAUUUUAGGUGUUGAGGUAGAGGUUUCUAGGAAAUUAUAUUGUGCUCGUUUGAUUGCAUUGGAAGAGAAAGAUGGUGUGGAAAAGGCAGCCAUGCCUGAGAAUGGAGGCUUUUUGAAGCCUCAUAUUUUUACCUUAACAAUACCACAGAUUGAUGGGGGUUCCUUUCUUUCGGUAAAACUUCAAUGGUCCCAGAAAUUGUCUUAUUGUAAUGGAGAAUUUUUCUUAAAUGUACCGUUUAAAUUUCCUGAGUAUGUCACUCCUGCUAUAAAGAAGAUUCCAAAAAAAGAAAAGAUACUGUUGAAUGUAAAUGCUGGUACUGGAUCUGAGGUUUUGUGCAAGACAAUUAGUCAUCCUUUGAAGCAAUUAAGGCGCGAAGCAGGAAAGCUUGGUUUUUCUUAUGAAUCAGAAGUUCUGAAAUGGUCAAGUACUGACUUCAGUUUCUCAUACACUGUUUCUCCCAGUCAAAUGAUUGGCGGCAUCCUUCUGCAAUCUCCACCUGUGCACGAUGUUGAUCAAAGAGAGAUGUUCUGCAUCUAUUUUUAUCCAGGAAGCCAGCAAAGUAGAAAGGUGUUCAGAAAGGAUAUAAUAUUUAUGGUUGAUAUUAGUGGAAGCAUGCGAGGAAAACCCCUUGAGGAUACAAAGAAUGCAUUAUUAGCUGCUCUCUCUAAGCUUGAUCCAAAAGAUUCGUUUAACAUUAUAGCUUUUAAUGGAGAGACAUAUCUAUUUUCAACAUCAAUGGAGUUGGCUACGAAGGGGGCAGUUGAAAGGGCAACUCAAUGGAUUGGAGUAACCUUGAUCGCAGAGGGGAGUACAGAUAUACUUCUCCCCCUAACUAAGGCUGUAGAUAUGCUAUCUAAUAGUCAUGGUUCAAUUCCUACCAUCUUCCUUGUUACUGAUGGGGCUGUCGAAAAUGAGAGACACAUUUGUGAUGUAAUGAAAAGUCGCCUAAAAAAUGGAAAGCAAAUUUGUCCACGGAUAUACACUUUUGGAAUUGGUUUAUACUGUAACCAUUAUUUCCUACGUACGCUUGCAAAGAUUAGCAAGGGACACUAUGGCACAGCAUAUGAUUUAGAUUCAAUGGAGCUUGGUUUGGAAAAAUUAUUCACCAAAGGUUUAUCAACAGUUCUUGCCAGUAUAACCAUUGACAUCCCGAAAGAUCUUGACGAGGUUGAGAUGUACCCUUCUUGUAUUCCAGACUGUCCAUUAGAAACCCCACUGACUAUAUCUGGGAGGUACCAGGGAAAUUUUCCUGAUAAUCUUAAAGCUAAAGGUCUCUUGGGAGAUUUGAGUGAUUUUGUUAUAGAAUUGAAGACACAACAAGCAAAGGACAUAUCUCUUGACAGAGUUUCUGCAAAGCAACAAAUUGAUUUACUAACGGCUCAAGCAUGGUUUUCAGAAGAUAAACAGCUGGAGGGGAAGGUUGCUAAAAUGAGUGUACAGACUGGCGUUAUUUCAGAGUAUACCUCUAUGAUCAUACUGGAGACUGAUAAUGGAAAGAGUACUGAAUCACAAAGCAUAAAGAAGGGAUCAGAGAGAAGUGGCAGUAAAAAAAUAGUAGAUUCUGGAGUCUCAAAAACAAUAUAUUUACAGAACCUUGGCAUCGGCUUUGGCAACUUGAUUGCGACAACCAAAAACAUUCCUCCAGGGGCAGAAGAACCAAAAGGGCCUGAUGUUGCGGAGAUAUUUGCGAUGGCGGCAUCCAACUGUUGCAGCAAUAUGUGCAACAAGUGCUGUUGCAUGUGUUGCAUCCAAUGCUGUUCUAAACUAAAUGACCAAUGUGGAAAUCUUUUGACACAAAUCUGCACAGCCCUAGCAUGUUUUGGCUGUCUUGACUGUUGUUCAACCAUAUGUUGCUCUGGAAGCGAAGGAAGCUGAAACUGAACCAAAAAGUUUGCCCUUGAUCAACUGUAUGCUAGUUCUUUGAUGGUGCAUAAAUGUCGAUUAUAUACAAAAUCAUGUGUACACUAUCUAACUUACAAACAGAGAUGUAGCUGAGAACUUCAUGAUGUUAAAAAUCUAUAGCAUUUCAAUGAUAUGAGCUUUUUGGCUA